CAUGCGCACUCGGCCCUGUUGUUGUUGAGUUUGUUAUGACAAGCCAAGGCCUCGGACUAAAUUAGAAGCGAAGCCCCCGUGUUUGUCCGGGCGAAUCCGCGAUGGAGGGCAUGGACCUGGACCUGGACCUGGACCAGGAGCUCAUGCAGAAAUUCAGCUGCAUGGGCACUACAGAUAAAGACAUCCUGAUAUCGGAGUUUCAGAGGCUACUUGGAUUUCAGCUAAACCCCGCCGGAUGCGCCUUCUUUCUGGACAUGACCAACUGGAAUUUACAGGCAGCCAUAGGAGCCUACUAUGACUUUGAGAGUCCCAACAUUAGCGCACCGUGCAUGUCAUUUGUGAAGGAUGUGACAAUUGGUGAGGGUGAGUCCGUUCCACCUGAUACAUCUUUCACAAAGACCUGGAGGGUACAGAACACAGGUGCAGAGUCAUGGCCUCCUGGGGUUUGUCUGAAGUAUGUUGGAGGUGAUCAGUUUGGUCAUGUAAACAUGGUGAUGGUGAGGUCUUUAGACCCCCAGGAAAUGGCUGAUGUCAGUGUACAGAUGCAGAGCCCUGUUUCUCCUGGCAUGUAUCAGGGUCAGUGGAGAAUGUGCACAGCUACAGGACUUUACUAUGGAGAUGUAAUCUGGGUGAUCCUGAGUGUGGAGGUUGGAGGCCUCCUUGGCGUCACACAGCAGCUUUCUUCUUUCCAAGCUGAGUUCAACACCCAGCCUCACCGCAGCCUGGAAGGAGACUACAACCCAUUUGCCUCACCAGAGAAAAGCAAGUGCCCCAACAGCAACAACAAUGGCCUCCAUGACGACAGCGGUCAUAGGGUUGCAGAGGAACAUUGGCAGGGAAGCCCAAACCAGCUACAGCAAGAUCAGAAUGGACUGUCACACAACUCUGUGGAUAUAGUAGCAAACAGUCUACAAAGCAAUCUCUCACUAGUCUCUUAUAACCAGGGUAUACAGGAGUCCUAUCCUUUUGGGCACUCUUAGGUCAUGGGACUUGUCAUAGUACAGCAGCACCAAACUGGACUUCUGGAGUCUGUCACACCCUGAAGAGGCAGUAGCUGUGGGAGAGCACGGAGAUCCAAAAAAGACUUUAUGCAAAUUCCAGCAGCUCUCUGAGAAACCAGAGGUCAACGCUCCCAACGUGCAGCUUGACUAACAUCCCACUCCCACUGUAUGCACGUGUGAAUGCUAAGUUAAAAUGAGUGCUAUGAGUCUUUUGAGUGACAAUUUAUUUUCUAAUUUUUUUUUCAGUUGUCAGAGUGAAUAUGAAACAAUUAUGACAGUUGGGUGUACUUGUGAAACUUACUGUGUGCGUGUGUGUGUGUGUGUGUGUGUGUGUGUGCGCGCGCAUUGUGCACCUGAAAGAAUUUGGAGGAAAAGCCAUUUUGUUUUGCCAACUGAUUCUCUCUGAUUCUCAAUGUAUUGAUUAGGUUUCCGAAUAAGUUUCCUUGAACUAAAUAUAAUUAUAUCGCCUAAACAAACCAUUCAAUAUCAUCAUUUACUUCAUUGGAAUUGUUUAGAAUACACUUGUUUGUUUGUUUUGUUUUUUGGGGCUUUUUUGAGAGGGGAAGCUGUCUCAUCCUCCAGAAAUGUAUCUAUGGCUCAUAAAUGUCAGUUUGUAUUUGUGUUUUCCCAACAGAGCUUGUUCAUAAUGAAAAGUAAAAACAAUGCUGUCGCUGAACUGUAACAUAGAUGCAAGACCGUGACCCUCCAGUGGAGGGAGUCAGCUAUUACUCCUAAGAAAACAUGAAGAUCUAAGAAACAUGAGUUUUUAUUUGACAAUAUGGCUCCUGUCGUCGAGUCAGCUACAAUUAAGAGCCAACUUGAACUUGAUUUGGUAUACAUCAGUCUCUGCUGAUACUUGAAAUUACAUAUUUAUGAAAUAUAACACUAUUAGCAGAGUAUUCAUUUCUAGCAAUAAUGCAGUAUUAUAGAUUUUCCCCGUCAUUGUCUUAUCAGAUAUAGUCUAGUUUUGUCUGCUUAGAUUAAAAAAUAUGAAAAAAAUGAAAUAUUUCUGGUGCCCUGCUCUGAAUCUCUUCUCAUAUUAAAGUUGAAUUUAUUUAAUGAAUGUAGUAAAGGUUAAAGUUUUUUGGAAAUGUAUUAAUUUACCCAAAGAUUCUACUUACAUACUUACACCGGACUUCCAGAUCUAUGCAUGCGAUUAUAUUAUGUUAAAUCAUUUCAAAUGCAAACUAAAAAAACAUCACAUUAAAAUCUCACCACAAUACUAUGUUUUUUUCCGUAGGAAUUGUUUAGUGGUUUACCUUUUAACAGGCUGGGGUCAUUGUAACCUCCAUUCUGUGGUCUGUGUGCCACCCACAAAUACAGUUAAGCCCUGAGGGCUUUAUCAUCUCUGUGAUUUUUAUCUGUCAUCCACAGCCAGUGAGUUUGACCACCUUGUCAGGUGAACACCCUUUUCACUGAGGUGCUAACACAAAAAGCCCCAGGGUUACAGAGCUUUGACACCACGAUGAUACCAGCUGAUGCAAGAAUCUUUGGGUCUCUGUUGUUUCACAAAAUGUUGUUUUUCUGUGCAAAAUGUAAAAAUACUACAUGUUCCUCCCAACUGUCACUGUCAAUUCAUCAAGUGCUGAUUACAUUUAGUUUUUAGUGUAAUGUCUUUAAAAUCUCUUCAGGCCAGAUUGCAGAAUGAAUCAGUUGGCAUUAGACUAUUGAAACAGCACAUUUAUGCAAGUGAGGAAGUGCAAACAGAUGAACAAAUGAAAGCCUGUUUUCCUUAUGGAUGUCUGAUGAAUGUUUGUAUGAUUAAAUUAUCACUUAAAACUUGAAA